CCGAUUAUUGAAAGAUGGAGGAGCCACUGCCAAGAGGAAAGUCACCCAAGACACCAACUUUGAGUAGCUUUGAGAAAAUAGAUGCAGAAACUAAAAAAGGGAGAACACAUAGUUCCAUACAGAAGAGACAGUCGAAUUCUUUCUUUGACCAGUGGUUGAAGGGAAGAAAGAAAAGACGUUUACACCAUCCCUUUUCCACAGACGAUAAUGACUCUGGCGAUGAAUUUGAUGAGAAUAUUGUUACUUUUCAAGAACCCUUUGUUUUAAAUAUCUCGAACGCUCAGGGUGCUGGAUUGGAAAAUGCGGCCAUGUUAGGUGCUGUUCAAAGUGUUAAUGUACGUACUGGUCGUAUCUAUCUUAUCUCGUGGAAUCAUAUGAUGGUUGUCUGUGAUGAGUUAUCAGAGUUACUUGAACCGAAUGUAUUGAAAAAAGAGUGGCAAAUUGAAGAGGAACAGGAAGAGAGUCACAUUCAAGAUAACGACCUUGUGGUUAAACCUGGCAUGAUAUUACCAUUUUCUGUAUUGUCCGUUACCAAACAAGGAGAGCAUCGUAAAAUCCAAGUAUCCGUACUUCCCAAAAACGUGAACCGACAUAUCGAUCCCUGUUUUUUGACAAAGGGUUGUUUGGUCUAUGGAAUGAUCUACGAAAGGGAAGAAUAUGGUUAUCGUGUUACUUUUGGAUUGGAAUCUAUCCAAUAUGAUGGCUUUCUUCCUUUGGAAGAGACGGAAUCUCAAAUUUUGAAGUCAGGAAGCUUGAUUNGACAACUUGUGUGUGAUUCGAAGAUAUCGUAUCAAAGCAAGUGGCCGUUUGGUUGUGUAUUUCCAGGUCUUAGAAUGGAAGGACAAGUAUUACAAAAAAAAUGGAAGGGAAGUUGGACUCAUAUCAAACUAGCUUCGAAUAUGACAGGUUUUGUAUAUUCCAUGGAGACAAUAAGGGAAUCUUUUCUUGACUUGAGAGUGAUCUUUGUGGAUGUUGGAAAAAGAGUGAUAUAUUUAUCAUCUGUUGAAAGUUUAGUCGGAUUUCUUGAACCUGCAAAACUACCCAAUGCUUGGAAACUUGGAAAUAUUCUAAAGAACGUUAUCGUUGAAGGUCAUCUUUCAAGUCCUAAAGGUAUACUGUUGAGACACAGUGAAAGUAAUACAAUUUUAUUUGCUCCAAAUAGUCAGUUGGCAGACUCCGAUAUCUCUGCAGAUGCAGCUUUAUCUUCAUUACCUUCUUUACAGUCGAUAGUCUGUUGUAGAAUUGUUGCAUUUUCACCUUUGGAUGGUACUAUUAUUGUAAGUAUGAAACCUAGCAUCUUAUCAAAGACCAUCGUCAGCUUUGAUGAACUUCAUCCUGGAAUGCCAGUACAAUGCAAAAUAGAAAGUGUACGAGAGAAUGGUUGUUUAUGUAUUGUAGAAGAUAAGAUUCGUGCAUGGAUACCUCAGAUGCAUUUUGGAGAUACUGUUGGUGCUCGGUUAAAGAACAAAUUUGUUGCUGGAAAGAAAGUGAAGGGUUGUGUGUUGAGUAUAUUUCAAGAUAGUCAUCGAUGCACAAUAACCACAAAGAAGAAGUUUAUAGAUAAUCAAUAUCCUGUUAUUGCUUCGAUACAAGAUGCUAAAAGUAAUAUCGGUUCAGCAGCUUAUUGUUGCGUUUAUCAAGUGAGUUCUUCACGUGGACUUCAAGUAGAGUUUUUUCAAGGAGUGAAAGGGUUUUUGCCAGUCUCUUAUAUGGGUUUGGAAAAGUUGCCCAGUUUAGAAUGGCUAUCAGAGAAUUAUCCCGUCGGAAAGACAUUGAAAGUUUGGAUUCUGUCGGUACAUGAAGAGUCUCAUCGAAUCAUUGUGAGUCUUUCAAGGGAUGUCAUAAUGAAUGAUGACUCUAGUGCCAUCGUUACUUAUGGUGCAAUUGUGGGUAUAGAAUAUGGAAAUCUUAUCGUAGAAGUAUGUCUUCUUGAUUCCAGGAAGAGAGCUCUUCUUCCAAAGGAACAUUUAUCAGAUUUUGCCUAUUUGUCAGAAAGAAUUUAUUCUCUUCUUGUUUCGUAUUUUGAAAGUAACUCUUCAAGUCUACCUUUGGAACAGGUUGUUAUUUUGAGGUCACGUAUUUCUUCCAACGAUUGUCGUGCUUUGGUAUCUUUAAAAAGAUCACUUAUUCAGUUUGCUUUGACUUAUCCUUCCUUGUCGAGUGACCGUAUUUGUAGUGAAUGGAAAGCCAAUCAGAUGUUGCCAGGUUUUGUGGAAAAGGAAACUUUACACAAAUACUUGAUAGGGUUUAUUGGUAAUUGGAAAGUGUGGAUUGAUAAGAAUGAAUGGAGCCUAAAUGGAAAACUAAUGUUGAGAACUCCACGAAAGCAUGAGACAGUAUGGUGUCGUCUUCAUGUUGAGAGUAGGGAAAGAAAGGUGGUGUGUCUCUGGACGCAAUUGAAUAACUUUACACCUCAAGAGUGGGACAAAAAGUUCUCAUUUUAUCCAACUCGUUAUUUCGAUGAUGUAGAACAAUGGAAGAGUAUGCUGUUACAGUGGAGAGUCAUCAAUGAAGCUACGGUAACUAGGCAAAGUUUAUUCAAACAAGGAGAGAUAGUUUCAGCUCAGUUGGUUUCUAAGCGUCCACAUGGAUAUGUAUUUUCAUUGAGCAACAAUGUUGUAAAGGAAGAACAAGUAACUGGUGUAUCUCUCAGUGAAGUGGAACAAAUGUCGAGCCAAGCAACUGUUCGUGUUCUUGAAUAUGAUAGUUUCUCUGGUUUUUUUCUCGUUUGUCCUGUAGAAGACUGUAACGCAAAUUCUUUUUCUUCAGGAACGGAAACAUCAUUAACACCAAUAACUUGUAACAGUAGGUUACGAGGUAUUGUUUUGUUAAUUAAGGAAGAAUACUUAAUUAUGAGAAUUCCUCAGUUGAAUAAUUGUCUCGUUUAUCUCACUUCUUGGGACCCAAGAGUUCGUGCGAACUUGUCCGUAAUAUAUUCUGUAGACUCAGUAAUUGAAGGAACAGUGUAUUAUUGUUCUGAACGAUUGACAAUGUUAGUAGCCAUGGAUGCAAAUGACGAGAAGAAAAGAAUGAUUGAGAACGUACAGGUUGGAGACCAUGUUAUUGGAAGGAUCGUCCGGAUAUCUACUGUUCAUCUUCAUUUAUUCAUUCCCCGAUAUUCUGUUUACGGAAGAAUUCAUUGUUCACAGAUCAUGUCUGAACCAGGAAAGGACACUUUGAUAUCACCUUUGGAACAUUUCGAAAUAGGACAACAAGUAGAAGCAAAAAUUAUAGCAAAGGAUCAUUCAAAGAAAUAUCAGAUAUUGGACUUGACUUUAAAUAAGAAUGAUGUAGUAACUAUGGAAAAGAACUUGGUUGAUUGGUCUAAUUUAUCUUGUCGUCAAUGCUUAACAGGCUUCGUACACAAAAUAAUGACCGACAAAGUGCUAAUUUCCUUCUCAUCGAAAGUGAUUGGUGUGAUGAAACGUUGGGGCUUUACACAAAAUGAGCAAUUAUUGUCUUCCAAACAAAUAUUUAGUUCGCUACGUACAGGACAACCUCUUCAUUGUACUAUCAUUCGAUUGAAUCAAUCUAGAAAACUGUUGGAAGUGGCAUUGAGUGAAUUAGUGAAGCCAGUUCAUGUCGGAGAUUCUGUAGUUGCCCAUGUAGGACAAGUUUUAUAUGGAGCUGAAUUUUGUUUAGAGUUGCCCAAAUGGGUAGAGUGGAGUUUAUCCACUUGUCGAGGCGUUCUCUCCUUUACAGAUAUUGACGAUAAUUUUGAUCGAGCAACUGCAAAGAUUUCUCAUAUCAAAUCCAGAAAAUGGAUCAAAGGCAUCAUUAUAGAAUGCAGUUCUGUGAAGGAGAAACCAAUUGCGAUAGUAUCUCUACGAAAUUCUGAUGCACAUCCAACACAAAGCACCCCAAAAGAUAUUCGUUGGAAGAACCUGAUGGACUUGAAAGCAGGUCAACUUGUUCGAGGAUUCAUUCGUCACCAUUCAUUAAAGGGCUGCUUUGUUCAACUGUCAAGUAGUAUCAUUGGAAGAGUUAUGCUUCGUAACUUAUCGGAUGGUUUUGUUCAGAAUGUUGAAGAAACGUUUCCAUUAGGUCAACUUGUGACAGCUAAAGUGAUAGAUAUUCAAAAUGGACAGGUUGAACUAUCAUUGAGAGAAAGUGAUUUGUCAGAUAGACAAACGAUAUAUUCUGUUCUUCAAAAAGGCUUGCGUCUACAAGGAACUGUGAAGAAUAUUCAGCCAUUUGGCAUCUUUGUAUCUUUGGGAUUGGGAGUCACUGGUCUUUGUCAUUUAUCUACGUUAGAGAAGCAGAGUCAAUAUCGAAUCGGAGAAGUAAUAUGGGUUCAAGUGGACAAUGUGGAUAGAGAAAAGGGAAGAAUCAACUUACAUCCGUUGGACCCUAUCAAAGAGAAUGGAAGAAUAGGAACCUUGAGACAACUUGUUGGAAUAGAUUCCACUAGCCAGAACUCUUCAUUACAACAUUCUUAUAUCGACAGUGUGUCGGUUGAUGCUAAUCGUGAUGUGGUGGAAAGUAGUGACGAAAGCGAGGGUAAUGGAUCAGAUUGCGAAGUAUUGCAAGUAUCUGAGAGCUUUCAACUACAAGAUGAAAUUUUGCUCGAGAAUGAUGACAGCCAGAACAGAGCCAACAAAAAUAAUGUUGCGAAGAUGGUAGUAGAAAGUACAGAACAACAACAAGAUGAUGAAAGAUUGGAAAGAUAUUCUGAUGAAGAAAUCGAAUUGGAGCGUUCAUUGAAAGAACCACAAAAUGAAGAAGACUUUGAACGACACGUUCUUGCAUCACCUGAUGAUUCAAGCAUAUGGAUUAGAUACAUGGCUUAUUUUAUAAGCAUGGGUCAGAUACAAAAGGCAAAGGAGACUGCUCGCAGAGCGCUGGAGAAGAUAUCUGUAAGAAACCAAGAUGAGAAGCUCAACAUAUGGAUUGCCUAUCUUAACUUGGAAGCACAGUAUGGAGAUGAAAGUCAUUUAGCCUCCAUCUUGGAGGAAGCUUGUAGUCGCACCAAUGCAGAAAAGCUUCUUUUAAAUUUUGCAAAAAGUAUGCAGAAAACACGAAAGGAAAAGUCUGAAGAAAUAUAUCUUCGAGCAUGCCGUCAGUUUAAGCAUUCUCCCGAGGUUUGGAUGCAAGUGGGCACUUUUUAUUAUGAGAAGAAAAAGAAUAUUUCUGAGGGUCGGAAAAUUUUGGAACGAGCCUUGUUGUCUCUUCCAAAACAAGAUCAUAUACAAGUUAUUACCAAAUUUACUGUUCUUGAAUACAAGUUUGGUUCCAUAGAACGUGCGAGGACCAUUUUUGAGAAUAUGAUUAGUUCGUUUCCAAAACGUCUCGAUAUCUGGAAUGUUUAUCUCGAUAUGGAGUGGAAACAAGUUGAUACAGAAGAAGAUAAAGAACGAUUGAGACUUUUGUUUGAACGUGCAUGUUCACUUUCAUUAUCUUCCAAGAAGAUGAAGUUUUUGUUUAAGAAAUAUUUAGAAUUUGAGAAAACAAUAGGCGGCAAUCCUGAAAGAGUAAAGACUUUGGCAAGAGAAUACGUUGAAAAGCAACUGUAAUAAAUAAUAGCAAUUCCAAUUUACUUUUCUCGAAUAAUUGCUCGACC